ACAUUUCCCGCCAUGCGCUGGACACGUUGCCAUAGCGCCACGUUGGUUUACCAACAAGCAUGGCGCACAGUCCGUCUCGUGUCUUUGCUGCAGUUUCACCGAGUGCUGGAGAUGUUUACCAAGACGAAAACGAAACGGUGUUUAACCGGGGUCGCAAGCAAACACCUUUACACACUCUAAACAACACAAGAGUGGUUCAAAUGACUGGCUGUGCGGAGUUAUCGUAUCCUCCGGACCGAGCCACCGUCACCAUCAGCGUCAAAAACAGUAAAGAACAUGUAAACGACGUGACCAAUAGCGUUACCCGAAGACUGGAAUACAUACUACAGACCGCGAGACAGCAUGACGUCAAGGAAGAAAGUAUCACUGUGACAAAGCACUUACAAAGAGAGGAAGAGCUCUUCCACAUGCGAGCUGAGGUGCUUGUGGUGUUUUCAGACUUUGAGAAGAUGCAACAAGCACGCUCAGUUUUGAUUGAAAAACUUGACAAAAGCGUGUGCGUGGGUGACCCCUACUACAGUCACAGCGCUGAAAGUCUCAGUUUGUUGAGACGCAGAGUAUGUUUGGAAGCUGUGGACAAUGCCCGGCUAAAAGCCAGUGAGGCAUGUUGCAUUCUGGGACAAGCUCUGGGACGGCCGCUGCUUGUACGUGAGGAAGAAUCACGAGAGUGGACCAGCGGCCAGCAUGAAGUGACUGACUCUCCUCUAACACUACAUCAGAAGACUGGGGUUACAUUAGUCACUGCCUCUUCGCGUGUAUUUGUGGCCUUUGAAUUGCGACCAAAGGACAGCAACAGGAGGAAAUUUUGAAGUUUCUGUUUAGCAAUAAUAAUAGUACAUGUUAUUUCAUUUAUUUGCUGUUAUAACCUGUAAACACAUAGUCUUGUGAAGUGAGCACCAUAGAUGACCUCAGAUACUCACAAAAGGAGCUAGAAAUAAAGAUACCACUUGUUUCUACUGGUGUCACUUAAUUAAGUCUCCAAAUUCCAGAAUAUAUUGAAUAGCACUGUGUGCAACUCAAAAUAUACUUGUAAAAUAUGUUCUAAACAUUGACAGAAAACAAUGUUAAAGUUUAACAAAUGAGUUAGAUGUGACUGUGUUUGAAUAGGGAUUACAUGUACUAUAUAUUGUUGCAUGACUGUGUCUUGACUUGCACACAUAAAGAAACUCUGCAAGCUUGUUAUACGUACUGA